GUGUGAGAGCAUACUUUAGAUUUGUUUGUGAUUAGAUGAAUUCACAUUAUCACAUUUUCAUUGAGAAUCUCAUUCACAUUAUCACAUUUUCAUUGAGAAUCCCAAUAGAGACAAAGGGAGAACUGCUAGCUCAAAAGGAUGGUUUUAUGAUGCAUAUCAAAAGGAAUGUUAGCCUGAUCAAAAGAAUUAUCAGUGUUUUCCAAUUGAGGUGGACUUUUUGUCUUGUUAACAAGACUGAUUGUACCAAUCCUGAACCUUUAUGGAGAAAUGGAUUUGAUUCCAGUGGAACUACGCUACGUUUCUUUGUUGCCUUAUUAUACAAACUAGACUUCACUGGAACUAUACUGGAAGAAUCCCCAGGUGUUGCUGAAACUUGUCUUUGUCAUUUUGCUGCUUUUAAUCAAAAUUUCUUGCUGCUUCUCAUUCACGCCUGCUAAUCCUAGUUUAUUGGUCUCGGUUGCCUUCUCAUUUCUUCAUUUUGGCAGGGAACUUCUCAUUUUCAGAUUUGGUCAAGGUACUGGUUGUGCUAACUGAGGUUUGGGAUGUGUCGGCAUACUGCCAGCUGAAGGGAUUCCACCUGAAGUUUUAGCGGUGAUGUCCCUGCUGCUCUUGGUGAUGGUGUUGAGGGCUACGACUUACAAGCAUAGCAGGUAAGGGAGAUUAUUGAUGAAACCUUCUUUGUGGUUGAAGAUUUUGGAGUUUCCUUGUAUUAGCAGGUUGAGAAAGAUUCGUAAGUAGCUUUUUGGGAAUUCUUAACAGAUUUUUUGGUUUUUGUUGGACGAUCCUUUUGACAAAAAUAUUCACAUCUAUGGAAGCUAUUUAUGCCUUCCCCUCUUUAAGAAUGUGUCUGCAUUGCUCUAAUUUUCUUCUUUUCAGCAGGCAUUCCAGCAUUAUUGCGUCAGUUUUUGAUUUCUCUUCUCCUUAUUAUGGUCAUAAAAUCCACCUCUGCUCUUGUGGUGGAUUUUGUAUGUCUUCAGUUUGAGGCUUCCUACAGCUAACAGACUAAUUUUCCAUCAUCUCUCUGGAUAUCUGUUUCAACUCUGUUGACUCUAUUCUGCUGAGCUUUUCGACCUUCCAUUAGCUUCCUCUACAUCAAAUUUAUCUGUGAUAUCUACUGCACGGCAUGAACUGUCUUCCAGUUUUCACUAGUCAUUGAUAUUUUCUGCUCCAUUAGUAGUAUCAGAUUCCAAUUUAACUUCUGCUGACCUCCUUGCAAUGUCACUAUCGGUGACACUCUCAGGAAGCUCUGCAACAAGAUCAUACCAGCACCGAUCUUCUCAAUUCAGACAUCCUGCUCAUUCCUAUCAAUAAGCUUUUCUUAUGGUUAGUUGGAUUUGCAGAACUAAUGGCAUGUUUGGUUGCGUGACCGCUGCUCCACUGAAUCAGUCAUUGGGCAAUGACUGUAAUAAAAAACCCAUUUUGCCCUUACAUUUCUAACAUCUUCCACCACCAACCCAGCCACUCCCUUUUCUUGCGUUAGUCACCAUUUCCUCUUGAAUCAGCCAUAUCCUUGAUGCUGUCCUACACCAUUCUUGCAGCCUGUAAGGCAAGGGGUUCUAGUCUCAGGGUUCAUUUCAAGAGGUGUCCUAUGAUGAAAUCUGGACUUCAAACUGCUGAGGCAAUGUUAAUGGCCACAAUAAAAAAAAAAAAAAAAGAGACGCCUUUUAUAUUAAAGAAUUUAAGGAGAUUGCAUUAUGCAGAAAGGAAAAUUAAGACUAUGAAGAGAGAAUAUGUGAAAGCGACGAAUGGUGUCCUAGUGUUGAACAUGAGAUUCGCCUUUUUGGCUCCUUUGAGUAGGAUGUUGAUGAAGCUUUUGUUAGUGAGGAUGGGCUUCCCAAGGAUAUGCAUACUUCAAGGUUAGACAUCUCACGUUCAUUAACUUUAGCAGCACCCACAAGAUCCGUUGUUCGAAUCGUCAAUACAGAAGAAUCUGAGGAAGUACGAAAGGGUGCAUGGAAAGUACGCAUCCAUGGAUAUAAGACUCGACUAUGAUGUCAUAUUAAGUUGUGAAGCAAUUUAAGCUAAUGUAACACGAAUACAAUUAAUUCAAUCAUCAAAAUAAUUUUAAUAUACAAA